CUCCUUCCCUCCUUCCCUCCUUCCCGCCUUCCCGCUUUUCCCCUUUCCUCUCUUCCCCCUCUUCCCUCCUUCCGGAGCGGGCAAACCGAGCACAAGGGCAACAGCUUAGAAGCCCAGCCUUAAGGGACGUGAGAGCAUUUUGAUCCAAGCGGAGGUAAUAGGUGUUUAGGAGAUCAUGACAAACUAGAUGCCGCGGUCUCAGGAGCCUUGGAUCUGAAUUAGCCUGUGAACUCUUUAUUUAUUUUUUUUUUUUCGGGCAGAGCGGUGGAAGAAUGGUUGGGCGAGGAGAAACCAUGCUUUUCCUUCUCUCCCGAAGCCACUCUUCUGCCUGUCCAACAGGCACGGGAUCCUCUGCGCUCACAACCCAGUUUUGCUAGUGUUCACCUGAUUUCCCUGCAAAGAUGGUACUGACAGUACGCCUGGCCUGGGCCUCAGUUAGCUAAGGUUUAAAUAAUGCAGUCCUGUGUCCUGCCCUCAUCCAACUAAAACACUGCUUUCCCUCAGUACCAGAUGGUCAGAUUCCUGCAGAGGUCAGGGGCCCACUUGUAAAUAAGGAGAAAGGUCAAUCAACAAAGAUUUGUGUGACUUUGUAUCCUCAGACCAGCUAGCUGCUAAUACAUUCAUGUGUGUUAGUGCUUACUAUGAGGAUAAUGCAUUUGUCUCUGGAAUUUGUUUUUGCAGACGUUUGCCUGGCCUGGCAAAAAUGGUACGUGAGCAUUUACUAGGUCAGAUGUUCUGACUUCUUGGUCCCCCGCUCUUCUAGGGGAGUGGACUGAGUUCUUCUAUGUCUGUGUUUUAAGGGGCGGGAGAAUACAAUUGUAGUACUCGUGGCCAACAAUGUGGACAUUGAAAGGUAGAAAUAAUACUUUCUGUAAAAGGCAGCCCUAACUGGCACAUAAUUGCUGAUUGUCCUAUGUAACAAAUUAUCUCUUUCAGUUCUGUUCCUGGAAAAUACGUGGUACAUAACAAUAAUGAAAAGGUUUACUAAAAAUCCAUUUUGUUUUGCAUUGUUUUGUUUUGUUUGGAAAGCUCAACAGAAACAGAAAACUUUGCUGUCCAAGUUAAAGCUUACUGCAAAAUUUAUUCUUAAGGUACUGUAACUGAACUGGUUGCUCAAGUUACAAACAAAUACCAUGUCCUUCAUUACAAAUUUAUAUAUUUUACUAAAAUUUGCUUUUCUAGCUACUUAACUCUGUAUGACAUUGAUCUGUAAUAGAAGGCACUGGUUUAUAAACAGGUAAAAUUAUGGCUACACAAUAGGGAGCUCAGACAUGUCUCUUUUUAAGCCACAUUAUAUUUCAGGCUUAUAUUCCAUAUGUAUUUUUGUUGGAAAAUGUAAUUUAAUCCUGCUCACUAAAGAAUUAUAACACAGAAAACAGGACAAUACAGACCAGUGCUUCAAAUACAAAGUGAGUAAAAGAUGCCAUUAAACAUGUCAAGUUACACAUCAUCGGUACCCAGGGGUACCAGGGAAAACUUGAUGACCUUUAUCCAUCACGUCCUGUCGCACCAGUUGUAAAUCACUGUUGAUUUAAUCUGAAGGAGAAAACCAUUAAUAUAGAAGAAUGAUGAUUUAAAGACUUUUUACAAACAAGAGCCUUCAAAAUCAGUGCUAUAAUGCUGUUAAGGCUCCUGCUGGACAUGAUGAACAUUUUGAUAGCCCUCCUAGCAAGCUGUUUUCUGUAACAGAUUCAGUAGGCAGCCCUUUCUUUUUUGUGGCACUAAAUCAUGAGUUCUGCAAAACUCAUUAAGAUGUAUUAAGAUGUGCUGCAUUAUUCAUGCAAAAUACAAUGAGUAUUUAAUAAUGUCUUGUUAGGUUUUCCCAUUUCACAGAAUAAUUGGAAUGUCCAGAGUUUUGCUUUUCUAGACAUUUUCCACUUAAGAUAAUCUCAUCUGCUGGUCUAGAUUUCCUCAGUUUCUCUUCUGCUCUUUUUGUUCUCUGCUCAUUAUUUACUUCUCAUAUUUUGGUAGCUGGUCUGUCUUGCUGAGUUUAGUAAUUUCCAUGGUAAUCAGAUUAAAAGUGCCAAAAACCUUACUUAUGGGAUCAUUUAUCAGCAGAAACACUUUUUUUCAGUUCAGAAAAAUCAAUCUAUUAAUUAUUUGAUUUACACUGUAAAAGAACAUUUAACCCUUUAGAUUACUUUAUCCUGUAUAAUGUAACUGUCUUACUGCAGUUUAUUGGGAAAAGUUGUCUUUCCAUCGCUGAAUCCCUUUAUACUUCCAGUGACAGCCUCUCAGCACAUGUGCAGUGUCAUCCUUCUCUGAUUUCCAUCGACUUGUGUCAAUUUGUACAAGCUGACAUUCUUCGCUUCUAUUAUUUUUACUUCAGACUCAUAACUGAAUAUGCAUUUAUCCAUACACCUCAUAAGGAUGAGCCUACUUUCUUGAAAUAAUUGCAUAGUCAUCAUCCAGAUCCCUGGGAAAAAAACUGAUUCUGUGAAUAUGACUUCCAGAAAUGGAAAUGCUGAACAAAGACACUUGAGCUAUAAAGCACAGGUAGCUCAGUGUGAGCUGUGUAAGCAUACUUGCUUCAAUGUCUGUUUUCCCUUGUACUUCCAUGCUGUGGGCAGGAUUAACAUACCCAAUCUAUUCAUUAUUUGCUGCAUAUCUCAUAUGCCAUCUAGGAUUUGCAGGGUAAAUAUCACAGAUCUAUGCUAGUUACUGAAGAUGGUUAAGAUUGUGAUGUGUAAGUAUCUCCAUUGUUGCCCAAACUGGGAAUUUAUCUGCUGAUUUUUUGCACAAGUGUGGAGGCAGUAAUAUUAUUCCUUUGGAAUAUGAGAUGAGUGUAUCAAACAAUUGUGAGUAAAACAAAAUAAAUCUUUACCCUCAUAAGUUGUAAUGCAUCACUAAGUAAAAUACAAAAACCAAGGACACUGUUUGUAGAGCAUUAAGUAUGUCUGAGAUUUGAGAGAAUGGUGUUGCUGAAUUUUGAAUGUUAAAAGUUUUUGAAUGUUAAAAGUCUGAAAAGUUAGGUUUUUUCCACUAGAAAUAUUUCAUUUUUUCCCAUAUAUUUUAACUAGUAGCAGUCAUAAUAUCUUCAUAUAAUGUUAUGAUUUCAGUCAAAUCAAAGGAAUUAUUUCUUAGGUCUGAGCAGAGGACAAAGUAACAUGAAAGAACUACUGGGUCUCUAGAACCAGUCUCUAGCUUUCUCUGGUAACAGUGUCACAAACUUAAAUAGAGCUAAUUAAGUAAACUAAAUAUAGUUACUGCAUAAUUUUAUAUAGGGUCUUCUUGAAUGCCAGGUAUAUGCUGGCUGCUGUUGAUACCAGGGACUUUUUGAUUGACCCAUUAAGUUUCAGGUAGGAAGAUAAUCAGAUCCGAAGAAAGAUGUGGUCAUUUCAUUGGUCAGAGGAAAAUUGCAAAAAGCUUUGACUAGGUUGAUUGUCUCGUUACAAAGAACACCUUAAAUAGUUCUGUAUAAGAAUUGUGUAGAAACCUCUGGGUUGUGUAUUUUCCUUAUGUUUUAGUGGACCUUUGCACACACACAUACACACAUGCAGACACAGGCUCAGCAACACGCACAAUUUCUCUCUGGUGUAUGUCAUACAGAGUGUAAGUGAGGAAACUUCCACUUUUUGUCUAACCAACACUUUAAACAGUGGGAAAAAAUGUUCACUAGACGAUUCCCAGACAGUUCUAGCUUGUUUGCAAAUAUCAGAACACAAUGGCUUUUUAACUUGGCCUGUUUGUUUUUGAGUAUUCUUGUACUGUCCUCCUGUCUGGCUGCAUCCUCCACCCUCUGGGCUGCAGAUCGCAUGUGGAAAAGGUACAAGUGCACCUGAUCCUCUGCUGGAAUAUGCUCCACACUUUCCACUGUUUCUGAGUGCUCAUUGCUCCUUAGACAUUUAAGCCAGACUGCUGUGAUACUAGAUGCUGCAGACCAACAAAGUCUGGAAGCUGACAGAAGUGAGGGUCCUGUAAGAACAAAAGACAAAAGGAAAACUUACAGAAACCCACUUUCUCUACUGAAACAGCCACUAGGUUCAGUGUUCCAGCUUUGAAGUCCCUAAUAUAUUUUGGUCCAUGAAAAUGGAUUAAGAAGAUGUAGAAUCAUUCUGAAUAACUUCCCUAAACUCUUUAUACUUAGGAGAGAGAGAAGUUUCCUGAAAUGUGAUACCCUUUAUGGAAACAAAUGUCAAGAAAAAGAAUGUGAACAAAAGUUUUAGUAUUCUAUCAAGUGCUGAAGUGUCUCUAGAACCUUGCCUUUAGAUUGUUUCACCAUCUAAUGUGCCAAAUCUUCCCAGAAGUUUUCCCAAAGUAGAACAUCUAGAAGCUGGUACCCAGUAAAGGUGACUAGUCACUGCAAUAGUAUCACAAUAGUCAAAUUGUUCAGACAUGUCUCAGACACCCUUUGCAAGAAGACCUCCCUUCAAGGUAUGUUACAUCUGUGGCAGAGAAUUUGGGUCACAUUCUAUUGCUAUACAUGAACCUAAGUGCCUAGAGAAGUGGCGCAUUGAGAACAAUCAGCUACCAAAGCACCUUAGAAGGCCAGAGCCCAGGAAACCUGAGGUCCUUUCUGGUUGUGGUUCCUAUACAUUUACAGAUGAAAAUGAAGCAGCUUAUUAUAGUGCUCAAGCCCAGCUCGUGCCCUGUAGAAACUGUGGCCGAACCUUUUUUCCCGACCGUCUCCCUGUGCACGAAAGGUGUUGCAAAGGGGGCAGCAGCCGUGCAAGGCAGCCAAACACUACCGCUGGUAAAUGUGGUAAAGCACCAAGAUCUGGAACUGGCUCAGGAAGUGGUGAACCAUCUAAGGCCCAUCAAGGAACGAGCAGGGCUGCACCAGCUGUAUCAGACCAGGCAAAAGUGAUAAGACGACCACCAACGGUGAUUUGCUACAUAUGUGGCCGUGAGUAUGGAACAAAAUCUAUUAGUAUACAUGAGCCACAGUGCCUGAAAAAAUGGCACCAGGAGAAUGACAACCUCCCCAAGCAUUUGAGAAGGCCAGAACCCAAAAAGCCAGAAGUCAGAACUGUGCAAGCCAAAGGUUUCUAUGAUCUUGAUGCUUUAAAUGAGGCUGCCUGGACCAGCGCCCAAGCCCAGCUAGUUCCAUGUGAUAUUUGUGGGCGUACUUUUCUUCCAGACAGACUGAUCGUCCACCAGAGGUCCUGUAAACCGAAACCUGCAAAGUGAAGUGGAUAAAACACACUUGCAUACAAUUGCAUGUCUACUCACACGUACACAGGCAGACACACACGUUUAUCCUAAGCUAAAUAAAGUGUGUGUGUGUGUGUGUGUGUGUGUGCGCACGCACAUGAAUACAUACACAUGCAGCCGUACCUUUCAGACAAACCAUGAAAGAAAUAAAAUUCAUCUGGAGAGACAUGGUCAUCAAAACUUAAUUGUGUAAUGAUAUCAUGUGCUCCAAAACUCUCCAGAGUGAAAAUCAGUAGUUGCUACUAAAGUGUAAAGUCAAAUACAGAAUACAGUUCUUUGAAAAUUUUGCUUCUCCUCUUUCAAAGACUCUCUGGUUAGUGUAAGGACCUUUAGCCAAACUUGACUAAUCAGAGAAACCAAGUAGCUCCUUUAAGUUUGUUCAUUUUUGUUUGGGUUUUCCAGGUCGGUUUUUUUUUUUGUUUGGAGCACUCCAGUGUUCACAUCCUUGUGUAACUGCAUCUCAUGAAACCCUUGACUGCUAGAAGUGAAACCUUCCCGUGUAAAGGGAUCCAGUUAUGUAGUAGAAGCAGACACAGGCUGUUUUUAAAAAACACCCAGAAGUGCCUUCUUUUUGUUUAAGAGUGAUACGGACCAUCUGAUUUAUUCUCAUCUGAGUAAACUGAUCAUGCCAAAAAAUUUAUACGUUGGGGAAGCAUGUCUUGGUUAUGAAUGUUGUAAAAGAAAACAUUUUAAUAUCAAGACAAAAUAAGCAUGACGUGCCAGAUGGCUGGCAUUAAAUACCACCCUGCCCUCGGUACCAAAUAGGAGAGAGCCAGUGGUGUCUGAAAGGGUGGGUAUUACACAAGAAAGCCAUGGGGAAGGUGUUUGGAGGUGCUGUUUUGAAAAAUGCUGUUACAUUAUGUAGAGGAAAGAGUGCCAAAACACAUCAGUAUAGGAAUAGGCUAAACACGUGAAGGAAGUAAUAGUCCCUUUUACAAGGUACUGCAGAGAGCAAUUAUUAUUUUACUUACUCUGAAGCAUUUUAUUAAGUGGUGAGGUUAUUCAAAAGGUAUGACAAAAUCCAGUACAAGUUGUGAACUAGCAAUCUAAGCUGCCUGAUAUCAUGAAAAAAACUGUACCUUAUGUAUGGGCUUAAGGUCUAGAGUUGUCUGUUAUGUAUUAUGUGAUUGAUGUGACUUUUCUCAGAGCAUUCACACUUACUAUUGCACUUACAAAUCAGAGGAAGUGAAUGCUUUCAUGCACAGUAAAAUGAAAUAUGGGUACCAACAACUUUUCUUUUCCAAGCUAUCAGGCUGUGUGAUUUGUGGAGUAAGUGAAACAAGAAGUAAUAUCUUUGUUCUGUUAUUAGAGAAAUGCUCCUGGCUUCAGCCCUGGCAGGCUGUUAAUUCAGACUGGAGAAGUACCAGCAUUCUUUGGUGAAAAUAAUUCCCAAAACAAUCAGUGGUACCUCAGCAGUCCUUUCAUCUUUGGAAUGAGGAUUGUAUGGUCUGAAGAUAGAUAUUUUCAAGAGUCAAAGGUUCAGUUUCUGUUGUACAGAACAAAGCUGUGUAAACCAUGCAGAUCUGUUCUUAGUGUCUCCAGUGUAAGAAGAGGUGCUGUUGGAGCUGGACCAGUGCCACCCCUCCUCCUUUUGGCUGGGAGAAGGCAUGUGGCCUGGGGACAGAAGAGCAGGGGGACUAGUUCUUGAUUGCUAGGCUGGAUCCUAGGAACUGCUGGCUGGCAACAUACACUGGGAGCCCCUGAGGCUGUUCUAAGUCACACCAAGUGCUGGCCCACUGACAAGUGGUUUGGUAAUUGGAGGAUUAUGGAUGGCAUACCAUCUCACCUUUGUGUCCCCUCCUCCUCUUCUUGGAAUACUCUCUUUUCUUAGAUACAGUAAGCAUUUUUUUGCUACAUCUGCCUCAUUGGGUCGUUGAGAUUCACUACAUCUACUUCAAAAGCAAAAACAUAUUUUAAGGAAAUUAAGCCUUUGCAGUCACUGCAGUGAUUUGCAUUAAAAAUUCAGCUCCGUCUCUUGGUGAGAUUCUUAUUUUGGAGUCCCUGUGUUAUUCUGAAAGUUGGACAUAGUGUCUUGAUGAUUUUAAAUCUGUCAGAGAUUUCACCCAGGAGACUUAUUCUGUUUCAUUGUCAGCUCUACACGUGUUUAUUUUUUGGUUUCUGGCAUUUUUUCCCAAAAAGCAGUAAAAUUUGUCUGAUGAGCUGAAUGUUUAUGAAUAAUAAAAAAGUGCCAUUAUUAAGUGUAUAUUGUGUCUUACCCAGAAGUACCAUUGUAUGGGAACUCCUGAAGCUAUAAGCCUAGAGCAUAUUCUCCGCAUCAUCUUUUAAAAAGAAAAUGAGGAUCUGACAAAUUAAGAGCUCUCUCUGCUAAUAGGUGAUUGCUGGUGAGUUCUGAAUUUAAUGUGGGAUUUGAGAAAUAGUGAGCCUUACCACUCACGGGGUCAAGUCAGCAUUGGGCUGUGAGGGCUGAUGGUGAGACCAGUGCAUGCAGAAGCUCAGCUGAAGCCUACAGCCCUCAGUAAGAUCUCAAGGGUUGUAGCAUUCAAUUCCCUCCACAACUUCAUGGGAACAAUGAGUUCCAAAAUAUGUAGAAAUAUAAAAAUCACUGACAUAGGAGUGCAUAUUGCUCCAUUUCAGACUGUCACUCACAUCCCAAAGUUAUUCUGUCACAAGCUUUUCUGCUGAGCUCACCAGCUCUGGUGUGUGUGCCAGUGAUGAUGGUGAUGAUGAUGAUGAUGAGUUCAAAGCAAGCUUUGUUUACUGGGAGAAGCACUGAGAGUGCCUGCAUGGUUUGCUCUCAACAGAGUUAAAAUGAGAUCUUAUGGGCAUUUCUCGUCAUUGCUUGCCGUGUGUCAUUUAGACUUCUUUUGCAGGAGAGGAAAAGGAAAUGAGAAAUUGAGCUACUUUGCUUCCUUUGUUUCCGUACUUUAGUGAUUUGUCAUUUAACGUUAUCUCAUCCACUUUUGGCUCAAUGUCAUUUCCAGCUAAAUCCCCAUGUUUCCUACUGCCACUGCACAUUUAAAGAGCUGAAAAGUAUCUUCUGGUACUUCAAAACCAAUGACAUUUCAUCUAGUUUCCCACAGUUGUGCUGAUGACAGCUAAAACUAUUUCUGGACAAAUUAUACAGAAAGUCAGGACAUGGACUGAGAAAGUUCAAUCACAUUAAACAAAUGAGCACGCACUUUCCCAUCAUGAAUAAAAGCUAUGA